UUGUCUAUAAAAUGUAAUAUUACUCUGAAGAGAGUACAACACAAGUCAACCGCUGUUAUGGAUUCUGUUGUGGGCGACGACGUUACGCUUCCCGUUGACAUCAACGGAAGCUGCAGACUGGCUGACUCCAUAGAUGCUGGAGAGUUUUCCUCAGACAGCAUGACAGCUCCGUCCUUCCCUGGCAAGAUGUCCCCUAUCAAAGCUCUCACCAUGAAGGACUAUGAGAAUCAAAUCACAGCUCUGAAGAAAGAGAACUUCAAUCUGAAGCUGCGCAUUUACUUCAUGGAGGAGCGCAUGCAGCAGAAGUGUGACGACUCCACCGAGGACAUAUUCAAAACGAAUAUUGAGCUGAAAGUGGAGCUGGAGUCCAUGAAGAGGGACCUUGCAGAGAAACAGGAGCUACUCGUGUCUGCAUCCAAAGCGUUGGAGAGUCUGGCUGGUCGAGAAUCAGGAGAACCUCGACGUGUGAGAGAGCAAGCUCAGAGAGAGAUGGAUGCACUUCGAGAAGCGUUCAGCAAGAGGAUAGCUGACUUAGAACAGUCUCUGCGAACGGCGGAAGAAGAGGUUGAGAAGAUGGCAGCCAUCGCUGAGCAGGAGAAGUUUAAGAAUAUCAACAUGGAGAAGCAGCUCCAAGCCCUGGGUCUACCCAGCGUCAUCACCCCUCUCCCCAGUCCAGUCCACGACCUGCAGCAGGCUCUGCAGGAGAAAGACAAUGUUAUAGAGCAGCUCAAGAUCACUUUGAAGAACCAGGAAGCAGCGAUCCAUCAGAAGAACAACAGAGACCAAGAGACAGAUGCACCAUCAGCUGAGUGUGUAAAACAGCUGUCAGAUCUCAUCGCCAAGAAAGAUCAAGAACUUGAGGCGCUGAGGGACGAGCUGCACAGAGAGAAGGACAGACUACAGCCGGACCAUCAGAAGAGUGAGGUUAGCCGACUGGAGUCCGUCAAUAAGCUGCUGACUCAAGAGCUCACCCAGACAAGAGGCACUAAUGAGAACCUGACACAAACACUGGAUGACACUCAGAUUCAGAACAAGACCCUGUCAGGGAAAUUGGAGGAGAAAGAGAAUGAACUCAAUUCUGAGAAGAAAAAUGCUAUAAAGCGAGACAAAACAAUCCAGGGGCUCACUCAAGUACUCAAAGAAAAGGAAAAAGAGAUUGCAGAGUUGUGUCAUGAGAUUGAGGACAGGGAUGACGCUCUGGCCAAGGCUAGAGAGGCAGCUCAUAAAGCCCAGUUGCAGAAAUACCAGGCAAUAGAGGAGCACCAAAAUUUAUUAAUGGCAAAGCAAACAGAGCUGGCCCAACUACAAGGGGAACACCAUGCCAAGGUGCUUGAAGCUCAAAAGCUACAACGUGGCCUGGACAGAAAGGAGCAAGAAUUGGCUGACUUACAGCAGGCAAAGGACCAGCUAGAGGUGGAACUGGAGGACCUGCAACAGCAGAAGAAAAAGGGAGACAAGGCCCUGAAUGAUCUGAACAAUCAGCUCAAAAAGCAGAGCGGUGAGAUCGGGGAGAGGGAGAGCGCUCUGGAACAGCAGUACCAGGAGCUGUUAGACCAAACCAAAAGAAAACUGCAGUCCCAUGAGGUCACCAUACAGCGGCUCACGUCCACUCUGGCUGAUAAAGAGCAGCAGCUGCAGGAGUACAUAAAUAUGGUCAGAGACUUCGAGCAAAGCAAAAGCCCAGGAGGAACCGAUAACGUACUUUCCAAGUUGCGACAAAGGCUGAAAGAAAAGGAGAAAGCUCUGGAGCAAGCGCUGGAUGAGAAGUUUGCUGCCAUUGAGGAAAAGGACAAUGAAAUACAUCAACUGCAGCUGUCUCUAAGAGAGAAGGAAAGAGACCUGGAUAGGCUCAAUAACCUGCUCUCUCACAACGAGGAAACUAUUAAUAAUUUUGACAGUCUGAUCAAGGAGAAGGAUGUGGAGCUGCAGCAUCUUGCAAACACACUGAAGAACCUGCAGAGAGCCAAGCAAGAUGUAGAAGAUAACCUGAACAGGUCACUGAGGGAGAAGGAUGCCAUCAUCAGCCAGUUACAGCUCUCCCUGGAGGGCAAGACAAAGGACAUGGAUGAAAUGGCAGAAUCCAUGCUGAGCCAGUCGCAGACUCAUGCACGUGACCUCGCUGAGCAAAUGGGCCAGAGGUUAAAGGUCACAGAGGCUAUGUUGGCUGAGGCUGUGAAGGCUAGGGAAAGGCUUGUUGCUGACAAUGAGAGUGCUGUGGAAGGACUGAUGGCUACAAUUAGCAGCAAAGACCAACUCCUCAAGGAGUCUGCAGAGCACUACAACCGCAUGCUGUCUGAACGUACUCAGGAGAUUCAGGAACUGAGGCGACAGCUGUCUGACAGACAGCAGCAGCUUGCCGCUGCUGAGAAGCAAAGCUCCACAACAGCCCAGGAGGGUUAUUUAGAGACUGCAGAGCUCAGAGCACUGCUUGCUGAGAAAGAAAGCCUCAUCAAUAAGCUUCUUCAGCGCGGUCAGGAGAGGGACCAGUAUCUGGCAGAGAUGAGGCAGAAGGAGGAGCCGGAUCGCGUGCUGGAGCUCAGACAAACUAUCCAAAUCAUGCAGGAGAAGUUGGACGAGAGGGAAGCUGAGCUGUCCAGGAGGAACAGUGAGGAUAAUAUGGAGAACAUUCCUCACUCCAAGAAAGCAGUUGUCAUCCUGAAGAAGGAGCUAGCACAAAAAACAGAAGCACUGAAUAAAGCACUGAAGAGAGAGAAUGAACUGAAGAUUUCUUUGGCAGAGCUACAGUCAUUGUUAUCUGAGCUGGAGGGUCGGAAUGAAGGUCAGGCUGCUAAUAUCGAGUCCCUGACUGCCACUCUGAAGACAAAGGAUGAGAUUAUCAAUGUUCUUCACCAGCGCCUUGGCCAGAGAGGGGAGAAUCGGGCUGAUCAUAUCCAGGAUCAGGUCAUUGGCAGCGGCAUGGAACGAUCACUCCCCGGCCUCCCUCAGAGAGAGAGAACCAUGAUUGGUGGAGACAGCCAACAAGAAGCUUUGCCCAACCUUAUAGCUUUGCAACAGGAGCAAAAUGCUUUGAACAAAGCUCUGAGAGCCGAACAACAGCUUUACUCCAGUCUGGUCAGGACCGUAAAGGAGCAGGACAGUGCCCAGCGUCUCCAUGCUCUGCAGCUGGAGCUGACAGCGGUGCAGCUCCUCAGGCAGCAGCUGGAGGACAGCAUCAAAACUAAUGAGGAACUAAGGGAUGACCUGGAGAGAGAGCUAGACAGAGCCAAGCUCAGAGAAGGUAUGGACCUAAUUGAUCCUAAAGAACUGGAGAGUAUGAGACAUCAGCUUGAAGAUGCCCAGCGCUGGAAUGCCUCUCUGCAGGCUCGUUUAGGAGCCAUCCAGAACCGUGGAGGAGGGGUUGGUGGAGCCACUGAUGGUGGUGACACUUUGAGUUUCAUUGGAGAUCAGACUUCCUACAUGAGUAUUUGUGUAGGAGAGGGUCAGGAUGACAGCUUGUCUCUACUGUCUGCUGAGGAACUCAAACAGAAGGUGCUGGAGCUGCAGGAUUGUGUCAGCAGAUUGCAGACUGUAAACAACGAGCUACAAAACCGACUGUCACUGCUGGAGAAGUCAGAUCGUGAUACUUACAGUAAGGAUGACCAGGACCUGGCCGGCAGCAGCCCUUGGAAGCAGCAGCUAGGGAAGACGCGGGAGGCUCAGACUUCGACUCACGGUAGCAGGAUGAAUCGCUCUGGUCAAAAUAAAGAGAGUCAGACAGACAUGACACUGGGACAGAUGGUUCCUGUAAAGCUGGUUGAUGAUGAGAGUGUUGACAGUGGUCUCAGCCAGAGUAGAGAGCAUGCUCAGUCUGGCAACAACAGUUUGGAUCUUGAAGAGAGAGAUUCUAAGGAGAGGAAGAGAGAUGUAAUGGCACUUAAAUCCCUGCUGACUGAUUGUGGGGCCACAUCAGUCUUGCACCUUAGAGAGGAACUGCUCAGACUUAAAUCAGAAAACGUGGAGCUGCGGGGACUCCUGAAAGAACAAACAUCUACUGAAUGUAAAGAGAAAGAGAGCACAGAUGCUUCAGGGAACAGCAGUGAUGGACAGGCUGAAUUGAGACAGAGUUUGGAAACACUUCAGGCCGGAGCAGAAGGUCACUCUAAGGUCACCAGGCUGUCGAAGGACAAGGGAGAAAAGAUCUCUAACGAGGUGCCCGAUGAGGAGAUCCCUGUCACCAUGGGCCUAAUUGUCAGCACUGAAGAGGGGUCGGAGGGUCUGCAAACUAAAGGCCAGUCAUACAGCAAGAGUGCAAAGCAGCAUGUCACAAAGCACGGGGCUGGUGUCAGAUCUCGUCUCCCGGUUCCCGUGAGGCCGAAAAUGGACUCGAGCAGCAGCAGGCAGUCUGAAAACCUGCAGUCGGACCAUGACUCUGAUCAUGUACAAACUGAUGCACUUCAGCAUGAUGAUGUCUACGAUGCUGACCAACAGCCGCAUGCAGACACCAGCUCCCCUGCGUCACUCCAACAAUGCACAUCCCCAUCCUCCACCCUCAGAUAUGCUCAUGGUAGCAGCAGUCCUGAAGGGUCAGACAAUGGCUCCAGAGCCAGAGAGACACCAAGUGACACCCAGGCCACCUCUGCUCUUUUCACUCAGCUAGAGCUCCUCAACCAGGAGUGCCAGGAGAAAGAGGCAUUGAUCAACAAGCUGAGUGAGCAGCUCAGUGAUUGGGAAGAGCUCCACGUUCAACUCCAGGAAAAGGAGAGGUUCAAUCGCCAGUAUGCAGAGGCCUUACAGGCUGCAGAAUCCACCAUUGCUUACUUGACCGCCUGCAGUCUGGACAACCAACGUGGAUUUAUGUCACACUCAAAUUCUUGUCCAGGUUCUGGUGGUUCAGAUGCUGUCCUCCACAGCAGGUUCAUAGAGCUGCAGAAAGCCCUACAGGAGAAGGAGGAUCUCAAUAACCAGCUUAUAGAGCUUCUGAACAUGGCAGAAAAAGCCAUCUCCUCCUUUGAAAGCCAGGAGAAGAAUCCAGAAAUCAUUGAUCUACGUCUGAAGAUGGAGACAGCACUACAGCAGGAGAGUACACCUUCAGAUAGCCCGAGAGACAUGUUUGGAUACACGGAAGAUUCAAUGCACAAGCUGCAGCAACAUGCAGACACUUUGCAGGAGGCACUUUGGGAGCAGAAUAGGAUUAACGCAGAGCUGCAAGAAAAACUGUGGGCUGCAGCUGCUGUUGCACAACAUGGUUACAGUGGUGCUGACCAGAAUGGUCCAUGUUCAAGGCAAAUAGUGGCAGGAUCACUUGAGGAAAAAGAGUCAAAGGGACAGCACAGCAUGAUGGGAAGUUCUGAUGAUGUUAGUUUAAAUGAGGAGAUGACGAAAGUUUUAAUGAACUGCCUUAGUGCAGCUGAGUCUGUCGUCGCCUCUCUGGCUGCACACUGCACAAACACUAGCUCCUUGGCUUCUGGUAGAUCAUCUCAGACAUACCCUGACCUGCAGACGUGUUUAGACCAACUUCAGAGGGCCCUGCAAGAAAGAGAGGAACUGCGAAACCACACAGAACCGACGCAGACGGCCACCAAAUCCAGCAGCAAUCAGUCUGCCGCUUCAGCUGGAGCAAAGGAGCAACCUCACCAAGAGCUCCAUCACAAUCUGUGUCUCCUCUACAAGAUCUUCAGCGAUCACUGUCAAAGGAUCUCCGAACUCCAGGCUUCCCUGCAAGAGGACAGAGGCCGUAGAGAGGAGAGCAAGGCCCGUACAGCAGCGCAGGAUGCCAAAGGAUUACCGCCAAAUGUUCAACUCCAGCUGGAGACUCUCCAUAAGGCGCUGAGGGAGAAGAAAAAAACAUGUAAAAACCUGGAGGAGAAACUGGCCACUGCUCAAUCCAUUAUUACCAAGACACCGUCGCCUGAAACUGCACGGAGAGCUCUGGAGCAGGAUGACAAAGGCGUGCAGGUGGAUUUGCAGGACCUCGGUUACGAAACCAGUGUGACCAAGAGUGAGAACGAUAGGGAAGAGAGCAGUAGCACAGAUCUAGAGGUCGGUGUGAAACCCAGCUGCAGUGCUUCUAGCCUGCCUUCGCUGUUGAAACACGAGCAGGCCGCUUUCUCCUCUACAGAAAACCUGGACUCAACCUCCAGCACGCCAUAUCCCAGUUCUCCAGCAUUCAGCUCAGCCAAGGUCAGUCUGAAAAGCCUGCAGGUGUACGAGGACUACGGCGUCUCUGAGGACCCUCUGCAGCUCCAGACGCAAGUCAGAGAGCUGAAGGUCCAGCUGGAAAGCCAGACCAAGCUCAUUCUCCAAAUGCAAAGUCUUCUGCGCAGGAACUCCCUCUCCAGCGACCUCGUUGCCAACAUCUCCGACCCAUCAAUCGUCAGGGAUCAAGAAGGGACUCAUAGAGAGGACCAUGCCCACGAUAAGAGUUACAGAGGUGGGCAGCUGAGAGAGAAAAAGGAGGGGGAGAACCAGGCGAUGAAGGAUAAAACCAGCCAUUUGAAUGUAGAGCUGGAGAGAGAGAGGACACUGAACAGAAGCAUGAGCGAACAGCUGCAGCAGACCCGCAGCCGCUCUACAUCACCUGCAAGAUUGGACUCCCUGGUGCAGUCUCAGGCCAGGGAGCUGUCACAACUGAGGCAGCAGAUCAAGGAGAGCCGUAGGCUGGGAGCCCUGCAGCGUCAGCAACUGCAGGAGCUGAACAAGGCCUUCAAGGAGCUGCUACAGGCCAGUAAAGUCGACCACUACAUGGGAGAUGUGGUCAAAGAGCAGCUGGACAAGAGCCUGAGCAUCCUGGACAAGUUGGAAGGACGGCUGGACAAAGGAGAGUCUCAUCUGGAUAAUGAGGACGUGGCGGCUCUGGAACUGUCUCGCAGGUUGGCUAAAGAGCUGCAGGAGAAGAACCGUCUCAUCCAAAGCCUGCAGAGCCAGUUCAGAGGCCAGGGUCCCAGCAGCCACCACAGCUCUCACUCUGAUCUGUUACUGGAUCUGGACAGGACCUCUUCCUCAUGCCACAGUAGCCCGACCACACAAGGUGGCAAUCGAGCCCACAGCCAGCGACACUCGGCCGAUCGGACGGUGGGAGGAGCUCAGGAGGAAGAUGUGUCCGGUCACAGGGAGGCUGCCAGCAGACUGCAGGGCCUGCAGAGGGAGAACGGGAGACUGCAGGAGAAGCUGAGGGGCAGCGAGGAGCUCAACACCACCCUGCGCAGAGAGCUCGACCUGCAUCGCUCCAUUAUGGCCCAGAACAGCUCCCAACAUCAGGAACAAGAUCACAGCCAUGACCAGGAGGGGUCGGGGUCUCUGAAUGACGGAUAUAAACGUGAUGGAGAUAUGAGCUCACAAAAGAAUGCUUCUGAACAACCUCACAACUUGAAUUCAGACCUGCUGGCCGAGCAUCUACAGGAGAUCCGAGCUUUGCGGCAACGUCUGGAGGAGAGUAUCCGCACCAACGACCAUCUCAGGGAACAGCUGGAGAGGAGACUAGCCGAGGUGGACAAAGACCCAGCAGCUACCAACAUCUUCAUCCAUGGCAACGAGGAGCAGGGUCAGCUGGCCAACGAGGUACGAUUCCUCUGGGGACAAAACCAAGUCCUGAAGGAGCAGCUCAACGUGGGGUCCAGAGACAAGCAGAAGGAGAACCAGAAGCUGCGGGACACUCUGGCGCGUCGGACGGCCAAACUGGAGCAGAGCAGGAAGGAAUGUGAAGCUCUGAGGCAGGAAAACUGCCGACUGCAGGAACAGCUGGAGCUCAGCAGCCAAGAAAACGCUCAGCUGCAGGAGACACUGCACUACAGCAAGGAGCAGCUGGACAGGUUUCAGUGUGAGGUGAAGCUCCAGAAGCAGCAGCUGUCCGACUCCCAGCAUCUUCUCCAGUCGCUGCGAGUGGAGCUGCAAGUUUAUGAAAACAUUAAGAUCGAAGCUCAGAAAUACGCAGAAUCCAGCGGGACAACUCCGGAGCCCGUCCCCGUCCCAUCGUCCGGCUCCGUGGACCUGAGCGAGCUGCUGUCGGAGAUCAGACACCUGAGGCUCCAGCUGGAGAGAAGCAUCCAGACCAACACGGCACUGAGACAGCGACUGGAGGAGCAGCUGCUCAGAGGACAAAACCGCUCCGAAACCAUCAACAUCAACUACCUGCUGUCCUCUCCCGAUGAAGGAGGCAGGUCACCAGGUCGGGAUAGCUGUGAUCCUCAUUUUAGUCAGUCAUUUCAGACUCAUAAAGAACACACCAGCAUCCUCUACGAUGAAAAACGUCAAGCUCAUUCAGAGGUGGAUGGUGGCUCCGUUAGCAGCAGCUCUGGGGAAAGUCUCUCAAGCGCCCCCUCUCGCCUGGUGCCGGGACACCGAAUGUGGGCAAACCGCAACGGCCGCCACUUUCUGGGCCUGAUUGAGGACUACGGUGCCCUCCGCAAGCAGAUCUCAGAGGGCCGGAAGCUGUCGCGCAGCAUGGACUCACAACUGCAUGAGUGUCUGCAGUCGCUCAGACAGCACGGCUCUGACAACAGGGUAAUGGAACAGCAGCAUCUGAAGGGUUUGUCUGGCAGCAUGAACACAAUGCAGCAGGUGUUAGAGGAGGCUGGUCGACUGCUCAAACUGGUGUGGAGAGUAUCUUUACCAGCUGGUAACGCAGCAGGGGACGGCAGUGGCAGCAACCAGCAGGAUGAGCUGCUGAAGAACGAGAUAGCCAGACUGAAGAGCAGACUCUCACAGCAGGAGAAGAUGCUGAGUGGAGCCGUGAAACGCCUCCGGACCACCAACCAGCUCAAAGAGGGGAUGGAGAGGGUCAUCAUCGACCAAUUGUCUCUCACCCACGGAGUGCUGAAGAAAGCCAGGGGGAAUUUAGAGACAAAUUACUGUACCCUGUUUGGGCUGAAAGGCCUGUCUGGAGGACCAGACGGAGGAAGUCCCAGUCAAUGGCCAGUAGGGGACGCCGCAGACCCUCAGCAGAUAAACGCUGGCGAAUCCCCCGAGGAGAACAGCGAAGCCUCUUUCCACUGCAGCUACUGAACCUGCACUGCUUCUGAUAAUGUAGCUACGUAACGUUGGUCAGGCCUUAUCCCGCCUUCCUGUCCUGCUGUAAAACCGUCACCUUACUCCCCAGAUAUCGAAGCCUUUUUGUACUUUAAUUGCACAAAAACCUACCUACAAGUUGUUUUGUUUUAGGUACUGAAGUUGUAAAAGUUUCUUUUAAGAAGUUAAAUGCCUUUUUGUAAAUAGUAAUUCCUGCAUUUUAAAUAUUUUUCCUUUUAUUCUUUUAUAUGAUGCAUAUAAGAACAUGAAAAUGUAUUUUAUUACUGACAUUUUGUUUUUACCUGUCAGUUUAUGUAAAGGAUGGUUCGAGGUGUGUUUCAGGAAUUAUGUGCAAAUGCAGUAAAGAAAAGGUUUAAUGGUUCACAA